AUGACAACUUCAAAGCCGGAAAGUGUGCUAGUAUGGAUGGCGGACAGAGGCAGCUACGUGGAAUCGAUGCCAGGAACGACGCUCCGCAUCAAAAACGCCGCAAAAUUUGGCGACAACAUUGCCGGUUAGUUUUACAAGUUUUCCUAGCGCAAAAAACAAUUUUUGAUUACAGGCUUCAAAGAUCAACCUGGUAACCUUGUCGAGCUAAAGUGGGAGUCAAUUCUGAAGCUACGACCGACGCUGGUUGAGGUGAACUUUGGCAGAAAUCCGUGUAAAGAUCUGGUCAAUGUGCUCGAGGAACAUUAUGAGAAUGAACAGGUUUGCCUCUUUUCUCGAGUUAUUUUAAUGAUAAACUAAUUUCAGAUUGUGCAAUUCUUCGAAAAAGCAAAAUCUCUAGCCCUUCAUCAAACGGAUGUCGCCGCGGAAGACCUGCUCAGAUUGAUGGACAAGUAGAAAUCCCGACGGUCGCUCCCCCGAAUCAUCCUUUCUUUUUCAGAUUUUCCCUUCUCGCCACAUUCACUUGCAUCGAUACGUCCUUUAGCCGAGAAGAUUGGCAGCUGAUUUUCAAGCGUCUCUCAGAGCUAAAUCUGCGCGGAAUCAACAUUUCCGACAAUAUUCUCGACGAGAUUCGUCAGCAUUUGGACAUUUCUCUGCUGAAAUUGUCCGGAAAUCCCGGCGUCAAAGUGAGCGAAUUCCAGAAGAGAAUCGAGUUUGUGACGGUGAGAGCACUCGUCGUCAAGGAGCUCCAGUACACCGAUGAGAACGGGGCGGACGCCGAGAAGCUUCUGGAAGCCCUAGCGCAGUCGUCAGUCAACUGUUCGCUUUGAUAUCGUCUAUUCGGAUUGAUUUCAGAUUCCCUCGCCUUCAAACGCUCGUCUGGGAUUGGGAAGUUGUCGAUCCGGAACUGAUGCUCGACGAUCGAACGGCCAAAAUUCUGGAUCAACUGACGACCGUGUAUCAGACUCUUAACCUCGAUGCUCUGGCCAUUGUGGCCUACACUCCGAACCCUGACACAAAGGCGAUCAGUGAGGAAGUUGCGAGAAGGUUUAACGGAUCUCUGCCGGGAGUGCAGUUGCAUCGGUUCGCCACGAAAGGAUUGCCGCAAGGAUCCACCAAUUUCUCGUUAAUUCUCGUGGGGAACAACGAAAAAGUAAAACGAGAGCUCGUCGAGAUGUACGUUUCCGAUCGAUCGAGUCUCCCGCCGAUGGAGUGAGUUUUCCGCCUCCUUUCUAAAAAAAAUUGUAAUAAAAUUAACUGUUUUGCAGAAAACUGCUGCGUUUGUGCGAAGAAGACAUUGUUCCGAUUUAUCCGGCCGUCACGAUGGACUUUGGCGGAUUCGACAAGGCGCGCAUUCGGCAGUUAUCCACCUAUUAG